CUCCUCUGCAAGUCCCGGAAGUGAGGGGCGCGCGCACGCAGAUGACGAGCCGCGGCGCAUGUUCGGCAGCCAGGACGCAGGUGAACUCGCGGAGUUUAGUCGGCUGGCAACAAAGUGAAGUCGACGACCGGGAUUUGGCUCCUUUCCCGUCUGUUUGAAUGUCUUUUUGUGCAGCGCAGCGGGACAGCUCUCCCCAUCCAUGGCAAGCCAGGACCCUGUCAACACUGCCCACGUGGCCUUUGACCGCUUUGUCCAAGCGCAGGACUGCAAGGAUGUUCAGUGGCACUUUGAUGAGUUGUGUCAGCAGCUAGACAUCAAUCUGAAGGAUUUCGAGAACUUCUACAGCAAGCUGAAAGAGAGGCUCAACUACUGGAGGGCAAAAGCCUUGUGGACAAAACUGGACAAAAGGGCUUCUCACCCCGACUACCAGCAAAGGAAAGCCUGCGCCAAAAACAAGUGUCUGAUCCUGGGCGCCGGGCCAUGCGGGCUGAGAACUGCCAUUGAACUCUCCCUACUGGGGGCUCGGGUGGUGGUGCUAGAGAAGCGAGAGAGCUUCUCCAGGAACAAUGUUCUCCACCUGUGGCCUUUCACCAUUUGUGACCUUCGCAGCCUCGGUGCCAAGAUGUUUUAUGGAAAAUUCUGCACCGGCUCGCUAGAUCACAUCAGCAUUCGUCAGCUGCAGUUAAUUCUUUUCAAAAUCUCACUCCUCCUUGGUGUGGAGGUUCACACCGGAGUGGAGUUCCGGGGUCUGCUUGAGCCCUCAGGAGAGAAAGGUUGGGCGGCCAAGGUGCUGCCCGAGACUCAUCCUGCUUCGACCUACCAGUUUGAUGUUUUCGUCUCUGCCGGUGGAGGCAAGUUUGUCCCAGAUGGCUUCAAGCACAAGGAGUUGAGAGGCAAGCUAGCCAUUGGCAUCACAGCCAAUUUUGUCAACAGGUUCACGACGUCGGAAGCUCAAGUGGCAGAGAUCAGCGGUGUGGCCCGCAUCUACAACCAGAAGUUCUUCCAGGACCUUCUGACAGAGACAGGUAUUGAUUUGGAGAAUAUCGUUUAUUACAAAGAUGACACCCACUACUUUGUCAUGACUGCCAAAAAGAGGAGCUUGCUGAAGAAGGGUGUCAUCAAACAGGAUUUCAAUGAAGCAGAGGAUUUGCUGGCGGCGGCCAACAUUGAUCAGGAGGCGCUGCUCCGCUACGCCCGUGACGCCGCCCACUUCGCCACGGGGGGAAAACUUCCCGAGCUGGAGUUUGCCCAGAACCACGCUCGCCAGCCAGAUGUGGCCGUCUUCGACUUCACCUGCAUGCAACGGGCAGAGAACGCCUCGCUGGUCAGGGAGUUGAGAGGCAAGAAGCUGUUGACAGCUCUUGUUGGAGAUUGCCUGGUGGAGCCAUUCUGGCCCCUGGGGACGGGAAUUGCACGUGGAUUCCUGGCAGCUUUGGACACAGCGUGGAUGGUGAGGAACUGGGGCCUUGGGGUGCCUCCUCUCAAGCUCUUGGCUGAGCGAGAAAGCAUUUACCAGGUCCUGUCGCAAACCACACCGGAGAACACCUGCAAGAAAUACGCCACCUAUAGCAUCGACCCUAAAACGCGCUACCUGAGGGUCAACCUGACCUCCAUCCAGAGCAGCCAGGUGCAGCACCUUUACAACGUUGAUAAAUGUAAUCCGUCAACCAAGAAACAGAAUAACAGACGGGCAUACACACGUCAAGAUUCUUUUGGUUCUGAGGAGUUGUUGAAAUGGUGCCGGAAACAUACAGUGGGUUACAACAAUGUGGAUGUGAAAGAUUUCACCAAUUCCUGGAAGUCCGGGCUGGCUCUCUGCGCUUUGAUCCACCGCUUCAGACCUCUGCUCAUUGACAUGAGCACCUUGAACGCGUCGGCUUGCGUCCGCAAUCAACAACUGGCCUUCAGCAUCUUGGAGAAGGAGCUGGGCAUCCCGCCUGUCAUGUCUGCCGCUGACUUUGCCAACGGGGGGCAGAUUGACAAGUUGUCUAUGGUCCUCUACCUCACGCAGAUCAAAAAUGCCUUCACGGUGCCAACACCAGCUCCAGAGCCCAAAGGCUUCCUGACUUCGUCCAAGUCUCUGCCUCUCUCGCGGACGCGCUCGGCCGUCUUCUUCCUCAGCACGCUAAAGCGGAACUCUCUUCAGAGACGCAAGGAGAAAGAGGCAGCUGAAAAGGUGGAAAAAAGAGAAAACGUGAAAAGGAUGGGAGAGGAGGACUGCGUGGCUCCGCUCAUCCCUCAUGAUCCCAACCCCCCGGCGGAACGUCUCCAGCCUGAGCCCGUUUGCCUGCCGCAGGCCGACAGCGAGUCCUGCUACUUCUGCGGCGGCAGAGUCUACGUGCUGGAGCGGAUCAGCGCCGAGAGCAAGUUCUUCCAUCGCGGGUGCUUCACCUGCCAUCGCUGUGGCGCCACGCUGCGACUUGGAGACUACGCCUUUCAUCAGGCCACAGGGAGAUUUUACUGCGAGCUUCACUCAGAAGGGCUGGAAGACACGCCUCCAAUAUCGUCUCUGAAGGACAGGAAACGAAAUGAUGCCGGAAUGGCCGUUCUCAGCCUUUCCAGCGAGGUAUACGCGCCAUCCCCAUCUGAUGAUGAAGACGACCACACGGUAGACUGUCUUCCGCCAAGAAUGCUGUCUUCUGCCAGACGCAACAGCAAAGAAGAACCUCCUUCCGAUGAUGACCGGCAUAUGUGUGUUGAGCAAAGUGACAGACAACCGCUGGCCCCCGCCUCCUAUCCUCUCCCCAAGCCCCGCCUAUCUCGGCAGACUGCGCCCAACCCACAGCCCUCUCCUCCAGAUGUGAAGCCACGCACAGUACAUCAUCCAAUCGCCUCCAGUCCUAAAGUCAGUCCACCUCACACACCUGUGCGCACGAUGCCCCAGGCCGCGCCCCGAGCUGCACCCCGGGCCGCACCACAGGUCGCACCCCAGGCCACGCCUCCCAAACAGCCUCUGCGCAAACUGAAGUUGAGCGAUGAGGAGAAGAACCAGCUAGUGAAUCUUCUAACCUUCCCCGCUGACUCAGACUCCGAGACCCCUGGUGGCUCUUCGUCCUGCUCCUCUUCCUCUGUGACGGCGAGAGGGCAGAGUCCUCCCAAAGCGGAGGAUGGACAAGAAGAGGAGGGCUACUGGAGUGGCGGUGCUGCUGCUCAUGUCCGGGAAAAGAGGAACAGGCGCUGCUUCCGGAGAAAGGAGAUGCCCGCUGGGCAGCCCAGAGUGCGAUCCAAGUUCUCCCCCUGGAAUCUUUCUUCGCCGAGAAUCAGCAGAGACUCACGACUCAGUGUUCAUCAGCCUGGGCGAGUGGAGACCACCUUCAGACAGGUUGCUGGCGCCUCGGAAGAGGCCGUCAACGGAGACGAGGAUGAUGACGAUGAGCCGUUCAAACAAGAAGACUUUGACUUCUUGGACGAGAAGUUUCAGACACUAGUGGCCAACACGGCCGAGGCGGAGAAGUUGGAACUGAUGAAGAUGAGGACGUUGGAGCGGCGAGCCAAGAUGAGCGAGUUACAGCGACUCCGCCAAGCUCAGUCAAUCCAGAGACGACUAGAAGAGAUCGAGGUGACCUUCAGAGACUUGGAGCAGAAAGGCGUCGUGCUCGAACAAAGGCUACAAGGGGAAGCUCAGAUGGAAACCUCCCCCGACAUGAUUGAAAGUUGGAUCCAGCUUGUUCACGAGAAGAACGCCCUGGUCUCUGAGGAGUCUGACCUGAUGGUGGCGUCUCGACAACUGGAGCUCGAAGACCAGCAGAGCACGCUGGAAUUGGAGCUGAGGAAAUACGUUGACUUGAACGACAAGACACCAGAGCAGCAAGCGGAAGAGGAACGUGUCCUACAGCAGAUGAUCGAGGUGGUCGACAUGCGGGACUCCCUGGUGUCGUUCCUGGAAGAGAAGAGACUGAAAGAGCUCCAAGAGGAGCAGGACGUCCUUUCGCUCAUGGAGGCUAAGCGCCAUUCCAAGGCGGGACCUCAAGUUCUAUGGCAGUAAAAAAAAAAAAAAUUAAAAACAAAAAAAUCUUUUGGGCACAUUUGCACUUGAAACACAAAUGCAGAGCCAAAGAAGACUCAACAAUGAGGAGAUGAAAGAACAAGCUUCCAUCCGGACCAGCAGGAAAUGCCAUAAUGAUGAUGAUGAUGCACAAAGGGCGGCUCAUCAUUGCGCGGCGAGGGAGCUGACCUGGAUUUGGCUCGUAAACAGGCCGAGACAAAGCAGUGUGAAAUGACUGCUUUGCAGAUGAAGGAUGAUGAGAUGGAGGCUUUGAAAAGGUUCACGUUGUUCGUGCUGCUUCGACUAUUGCACAUUGAGUGAGGAAGAACAUGCUUUGUUUGCUACUUGUUAUGGUCAAUUAAACUGCAGCAGGGUGGCACUAAAA